AUGCAGAAAGCAGUGGUUCUGGUUCCCCUGCUGGUCCUGGGAUGGUCCUGGACCCUUCAGGGGGUCCCUGUUCUCCCAGAGCCUCUCUACCCUACGCAGGAGAACUUUGAUCUGGCCCGGAUUUUGGGAACAUGGUAUGAUGUUGCUAUGGCAAGCACAUGUCCCAAUAUCCAACUUAGAAAGGGAGAUGCAGCCAUUGGUAAACUAGUUCUGCAGACCAGCGCCACUGAAGGCAAACUCAAGGCGACUCAACAAAUGCUGAGAGAAGGAGCAUGCAAGGAGAUCAAUGUGGACUAUGAGUUGACCACCACACCAGGACGGUUCACCUACCAUCUUCAAAAGUGGGACGCAGACGUGGACGCCUACGUGGUACACACAAACUACGAUGAGUAUGCGAUAGUGAUGAUGAGCAAAGUGAAAACAUCUGGCGAGAAGACCAUCUCCGUAAAGCUUUACAGUCGAACUAAGGCUGUGAGAGACACUGUGCUGGAUGACUUCAAAACACUGGUCGGAGAACAUGGAAUGACCGAGGACAAUGUUGUUAUUAGGCAGGAUAAAGGAGACUGUGUUCUUGGAGAGUUUGUAGCAGCGACGUCAACUCAGCCUGAGCCUCAGCGGAUGAAGAGAAACCUGGUGCCUUCUUUGGUGACCGAAGACGAUGAGGGUUCUGGUGACCCUGCAGUUCUUUUCAAUGGAACCGAGUCCUGUAACACAGCACCAGAAACAGGACCAUGUUUUGGGAUGCACCAGCGUUACUACUACAACUCCUCCUCAAUGAGCUGUCAACUCUUCAAGUACGGAGGGUGUUUGGGCAACCAGAACAACUUUGAAAACGAGAGAGAGUGUCUGCAGAGAUGUCGCACUGAGGCUGUGUGCCGUCUGCCCAUGGUGGCCCAACCCUGCACAGGCCAGCCACCCAUCUGGGCCUUCGACUCCACCGUCGGUCUGUGCGUGCCCUACAAACAAGGCUUCUGCCAGGGCAAUGCCAACAAGUUCUACAGAAAAGCAGAGUGUGACGAGUACUGCGGGGUACAGAAUGAUGAGGGAGAACUUCUGAAGGCAAACUGA